GCUCAUCUUCACCCGCAUCGAGUUGAGCUGAGCUGAGCUGAGCUGAGCUGAGUUGAGUUGAGUAGACAUGAGCUAACCAAUUCGAUGAAAUCUCAACCACCAAACAGGUUGACAAGGUCAUCAUCUCGCAGCUCGGGUUCCUUGCCCAGCGGCGACUGGCCCGCGGUGUGCGACUAAACCAUGUAGAAGCCACUGUAAGACCAUCGAAUUAUUCAUCAAUCCGUCGACGGAGGACAUAGAUAAAACGGUGUAUGGAAAGGAGAUGAAAUAAUCAGAGACUGACGCGGUGAACGCACACCAAGGCCCUCAUCGCCUCCAACCUCCAGGAGCUGAUCCGCGAUGGCAACCACACAGUCGCCGACCUCAUGUCGCUCGGCAGCACCAUGCUGGGCCGCCGCCACGUGCUGCCCGAGGUCUGCUCGACGCUGCACGAGAUCCAGGUCGAGGGCACAUUUCCCGCGGGCACCUUUCUGGUGACGGUCCAGAACCCCAUCGCGACGGACGACGGCGACCUCGCGCGCGCCCUGUACGGCAGCUUCAUCCCCGUGCCCGAGAACGCGGACGAGCUGUUCCCCAAGUACCCGGACGAGGCCUACGCCCCCGAGAAGCAGCCCGGCGCCGUCGUGUGCGUCAAGAACGAGGUCAUCAAGCUCAACGAGGGCAGGAAGCGCAUCCGGCUCCGCGUAACGAGCAAGGGCGACCGCCCCAUCCAGGUCGGCAGCCACUACCACUUCAUCGAGGUCAACCCCAGCCUCGAGUUCGACCGGCUCAAGGCCUACGGGUACAGGCUGGAUCUGCCGGCCGGCAGCUCGAUCCGCUUCGAGCCGGGAGACACCAAGACGGUGACGCUGGUUGAGAUUGGCGGGCUGAGGACCAUCAAGGGCGGCAACGCGAUCGCGUCCGGCAAGGUGGAUUUCGGGAGGCUCAAGGACAUCCAGGACCGGCUGCAGGAGGCCGGAUUUGCCCACGUGCCCGACCCGACAGCGGACGCGGCUCUGGUGUCGGAGGGAGCGGGGAGUGUCGUCCACACGAUCGAGGGCGCCACUGUCGAUCGGAAGACGUAUGCGACCAUGUUUGGUCCGACGACGGGCGACUUGGUGAGGCUGGGCAGGACGGAUCUGUGGAUCAAGGUCGAGAAGGAUUACACCGUCUACGGCGACGAGUGCAAGUUUGGCGGCGGCAAGACGCUGCGCGACGGCAUGGGCUCCGCAUCCGGCCGAACCAGUGCUGAGUCGCUCGACCUGGUCGUGACCAACGCGCUCAUCGUCGACUGGACAGGCAUCUUCAAGGCGGAUAUCGGCAUCAAGGACGGCUACAUCGUAGGCAUCGGCAAGGCUGGGAACCCGGACGUCAUGAGCGGUGUGACGCCCGGCAUGGUCGUGGGCAGCUGCACCGACGUGAUCGCCGGCGAGGGCAAGAUCGUCACCGCGGGCGGAAUCGAUACUCACAUCCACUUCAUCUGCCCGCAGCAGGUCGACGAGGCCAUCUCGUCGGGCAUCACCACCAUGGUGGGCGGUGGCACGGGGCCGAGCGCCAACACGAACGCCACGACUUGCACUCCGGGACCGUACUUUAUGCGAGAGAUUCUCCGGGCCACCGACAAGCUGCCCGUCAAUAUCGGAAUCACGGGCAAGGGCAACGACAGUGACCCUGUCGCGCUCCGCGAGAUGGUCAAGGCCGGCGCCUGCGGCCUCAAGCUGCACGAGGACUGGGGCAGCCACCCGGCCGCCAUCGACUCGUGUCUCUCGGUCUGCGACGAGCUUGAUGUGCAGUGUAUGAUCCACACCGACACGCUCAACGAAUCGGGCUUCGUCGAGCAGACCAUCGCGGCCAUCAAGGGCCGCGCCAUCCACGCCUACCAUACCGAGGGUGCCGGCGGCGGCCACGCGCCCGACAUCAUCCGCAUCGCCCAGUACCCCAACAUCCUGCCCUCUUCCACCAACCCGACCCGCCCCUACACGCGCAACACGCUCGAGGAGCACCUCGACAUGCUGAUGGUCUGCCAUCACCUGACCAAGGACAUCCCCGAGGACGUGGCCUUCGCCGAGAGCCGCAUCCGCGCCGAGACCAUCGGGGCCGAGGACGUGCUGCACGACCUGGGCGCCAUCAGCAUGAUGAGCAGCGACAGCCAGGCCAUGGGCCGCUGCGGCGAGGUCAUCCUGCGGACCUGGCACACGGCGCACAAGAACAAGGUCCAGCGCGGCCCGCUGCCCGAGGACGAGGGCACGGGCGCCGACAACUUCCGCGUCAAGCGCUACGUCAGCAAGUACACCAUCAACCCGGCCAUCGCCCAGGGCAUGUCGCACCUGGUCGGCAGCAUCGAGAAGAACAAGCUGGCCGACCUCGUCCUGUGGGACCCUGCCUGGUUCGGCACCAAGCCGGCCGUCGUCGUCAAGUCGGGCAUCAUAGCUUACGCGCAGAUGGGCGACGCCAACGCUUCGAUCCCCACGAUCCAGCCCCUGAUGAUGCGGCCCAUGUUCGCGAGCUACAUACCGCGGAUGAGCGUGGCCUUUGUGUCGCAGGCGGGCGUCGACAGCGGCCUCGUCGGCACCUACGGGCUCCAGAAGCGAGUCGUGCCCGUCCGCGGCUGCCGCACGGUCGGCAAGAAGGACCUCAAGUACAACGACGCCACCCCCGCGAUGCGCGUCGACCCGGAGUCGUACGUCGUCGAGGCCGACGGCCAGGUGUGCGAGUCGGAGCCCAUCAGCGAGCUGCCGCUGGCGCAGAGCGCGUAUGUCUACUAAAGGAAUUUUGAACAUUUGACAUUGAUGAUCAUGGGGUGAGAUGAAGGCAAAGGUGUGUGUGUGUGUGUGUGUGUGUGUGUGUGUGUGUGUGUGUGUAGUGCUUGUGUGCGUGUGUCGACAAAUAAUAAACCGUUUAAACGUACCUUACCU